GCAUACGUCGGCUCGACACGCGGCGAGCCUAUUAUUGGAGAUAGCGCCCACUCAAAGGCCACAGCCAUCAAACUGUUUACCCACCCAGCUCCACAACUGUCCAAUAGUGAUGCGCUGCUUCAUCGAUUGAUUUCGGCAUGUUACGAGAACAUCGCCAUGCGCUUACAAUCAUUACCACGAUUGGGGUGGAAUGCCCUCUGGACGACACUGUUUUUUGCAUCGUUGGCACAGGCGAUCGAUGUCAAUAUCAACGAUGACCAGUCCAUCAAAAAUGCUGCCAGCACUGCUGCUUACGGCGCGAUGAGUUACUACCAUGGCAACGAGUCGGGACAAAUCCCUGGUGCGUUUCCGACGAAAUGGUGGGAGGGUAGUGCCCUGUUCAUGGCGAUGCUGCAAUACCAGUACUUUACCGGCGACCAGACCUACAACAGCGAAGUGAGCUUGGGUCUGCAAUGGCAGGCUGGAGAUGGCGACUACAUGCCGUCCAACUACAGUAGCUACUUGGGAAACGACGAUCAAAUGUUCUGGGGUCUAGCAGCCAUGCUCGCCGCAGAGUUACAAUUCCCCGAUCGCUCGGAAGGUUACUCCUGGCUUUCCCUCGCACAAGGUGUCUACAACACGCAGGUCGAUCGGUGGGAUACGUCAACAUGCGGAGGAGGCUUGCGCUGGCAGAUCUACACGUACCAAGCGGGGUAUACAAUGAAGAACGCCAUCUCCAACGGGGGGUUGUUCCAGCUAGCCGCCCGUCUGGCUCGUUACACCAACAACCACACAUAUUACGAAUGGGCCGAGAAAGUAUGGGACUGGAGUUGCUCGUCGCCUCUGCUCAAUAACAAAACGUGGAGUGUCGCCGACUCGACCAACAUUGAGGACGGUUGUAAGAGCCAGGGAAAUAAUCAAUGGUCCUACAACUACGGAACCUACCUCAUGGGCGCGGCAUACAUGUGGAAUUACACCAACGGAACCAACACGAAGUGGGCAACUGCCGUCGACGGCCUACUCAACAACACCCUCGACCUAUUCUUCCCCACCAAUUACGGCGGCAAUAUCAUGUCCGAGGUCCUGUGCGAACCGAACGAAGUCUGCAACAACAACGAGAUCCUCUUCAAGGGCCUCGUCACCUCCUGGCUGGCGUUUACUGCUCUUCUGGUCCCCUCUACCUACGACAGAAUUCUCCCCAAGCUGCAGGGAUCAGCCGUGGCGGCCGCCGCAAGCUGCACAGGAAACGGCAACAAUUCCUGCGGUGUACGGUGGUACACGUCCAAAUGGGAUGGAUGGACGGGCAUGGAGGAGCAAAUCAGCGUCACAGACGUCUUGUCGGUCAACCUUAUCACCACGAAACACAAAGGACCAGUGACUUCGACCACCGGCGGGAACAGUACCAGCGACCCGACUGCAGGCUCGGGAGAUAAAUCGGGACAGACCACUCCUACCCGUAAGAUCACCACGGGUGAUAAAGCGGGUGCUAGCAUCUUGACUAUUGGCUUCGUGGUGGGAUGGGUCAGCUUGAUGGCUUUUAUGGUCAUUGGGGGUAGUGAUGAGCGUGUGGGUUGGCGUCGUUCAUUUGAUUUUAUCACCAUCCGUUCUCAUAUUUUCUGUACAUAGUAGGUCAUGUUCACUCGACCAUGCAUAAUGCUGUCGCGACGUUGGGCUCCGUGAUUGACGGUGUCAGGCACCAGAAAGCUAGAUCUCUUGAGUGUAUUAGAUAGCAGUUAUUGGUCUGCCACAAAUCCAUAAAUGUGAUUCUUAAAGUAUUAUUUGUAGACGUCGCUUUCCUUAUGUUCAAAUUCGAGUAUUGCUUACUCUAUGCCUCCUGGCGACG